AUGGACGGGAUCAUUCUCGGGCGCGACGCAGACGUGCUGAUCACCCGCCUCUCCCCCUCUUCUGCCCCCACGUACAGCACCUACUUCGCGCUGCAGAGUCUGUCCCUGUGCGAUGCAUCCCUGCUGCGCUGUCACGUCGCAGAUAUUGCCUCACAAAACAAACACUCACUAUCACACCCGGUCGCGCCUUCACCCGCAGCGAGGACAACACACCGGCUUUGGCGCCGCAGCCACCAGCUCCUCUUGACGCACGUACUGGCCGUUGCAACACCUCGACAUCUAUCUGGGCCAGAGCCUGUGGUCAAUGCGGCACGGCGUCGCGAGGGCGCUGCGCUCGUCUCCGGGCGGUCCGCGUGA